AUGUAUCAGAGCUGGGAGAGCGAGGACUUUUGGAUUAUAUAUGCAGUGUUGCAUAGCUUUAGCUUUGAUGUAAUCUACUGGGAGAAAACCGAUCCACGUUUUUACGGGCCUACUGAGAACCCCGACAGAGCAUGGAAGAAGACACUCGACCUACUGGCCGAGAAAGAAAAAAAUGAGAUGGAACAACUGGUGGAAAGGAAGCUGAAGGAGAUGGAUACCAGGAUUCUAGCGUGGAACCCGGAUGAGUAUACUGUGGCUUUUCGCCAGCAAUUGAAGAGACAGAGAGAAGAAGCAGAUGAAGAGGAAGUAAGAGCAGAUGAAGCACAUAAUUACCAAAAGAAGGAGAUGAACGACGCGGAGAAAAAGAGUCGCGAAAUCGAAGUCUGGGGAUUGUCAGGGCCACAUACAUUAAGCGAUCAGCUGGCCGCCGCCCGUUUGUCUAGCUAG